GUUCUCGCCGGGUUCUCGCGUGCCAGCCAAGGCUCUGGAGUCUUCCCUCCUCUCUCCCAGCUUGGCGGCCGGACCGGUGAGAUGACGGCGGAGGUGUUGCCAACUGCGAGGUGGCAGUACUGUGGAGAGCCCGAAGCGAGACGUAAAGCUGUACUGGUCCGGUUCUCCAAUGGGAAGCUGCAGAACCCAGGCAACAUGCGCUUUACCUUGUACAACAACAACGAUUCCGAAAACCCCAGAAAGAAGAAUCAGCGGAUUCUGGCAGCUGAAACAGAUAGACUUUCCUACGUUGGAAACAAUUUUGGGACAGGAGCCCUCAAAUGCAACACUCUGUGCAGACACUUUGUGGGAAUUUUGAAUAAGACCUCUGGCCAAAUGGAAGUCUAUGAUGCUGAGUUGUUCAACAUGCAGCCGCUUUUUGAAGAUGAAUCAUUUGAGAGUGUACCAGCUCUGGAGAGUCAGACCAGAAGUUUCAGAGAAAAGAUGGAUUCUUGCAUUGAAGCCUUUGGAACCACCAAACAGAAGCGAUCUCUAAACUCUAGGAGAAUGAACAAAGUUGGUAGUGAAUCUUUGAAUCGUGCAGUAGCUAAAGCUGCAGAGAACAUCAUUGAUACAAAGGGUGUGGAUGCUCUUGUUAGUGAUGCCAUUCAGGAUGACUUACAAGAUACCUCUGUGUACCUUCCUCCCUGCCAUGAGGAUGCAACCAAGCCUGAAGACGUGUAUAAAUUUGAAGACAUUCUGUCCCCUGCGGAAUAUGAAGCUCUCAAGAUCCCGUCAGAAACUUUCAGGAAAGUCACAUCAGAGGAAAUCCUGAAGAUGAUUGAAGACAACAGCCACUGCACCUUUGUCAUAGAAGCGCUGAAGGCUUUGCCAGCAAAUGAAGAGAGCCGAGAUCGCCAGGCCCGAUGCAUAUGGUUCCUAGAUACCCUCCUCAAGUUUCGAACUCAGAAAGUAAUAAAGCGGAAAAGUUUCCUGGGACCUGGAAUUCCCCACAUCAUCUCCUCCAAACUGCUAAAGCAGUUCACCUGCUUGUCUUAUAACAAUGGCAGUUUACAGAAUUUAAUCUCAAAUUCCAUGAAGGCGAAGAUCACCGCAUAUGUUAUCAUUCUUGCCUUGCACAUAAACAACUUCCAGAUUGACCUGACAGUGUUACAGAGGGACUUAAGGCUCAACAAGAAAAGGAUGAUUGAGAUAGCAAAAGCCAUGAGGCUGAAGAUCUCCAAAAGCAAGUUACCUCUGGCAGACAGCAUGGAGGAGCAGCAUAGACUGGGUACUCUGUCCAUCCCACUGCCUCCAGCCUAUUUUUUGGAACACCAGUCAAAGAGGAAGAAAGUUAUCUAGUGCUUCCAAGUUCAUUCCUGCUGAGGCUGGUCGAUCUGAAGGGUCUAGAGAUACGUUGGCCU